UGAUAGUAAUAGUAAUAGUAAUCACCUACUGCUACUUGUACAUUAAAAAUUAAUUUUGAGUGUAUUAUUAUUAUGUCAUUUAAUUAAUUUUAGUUUAAAAAACUUUUUCGAAGUUAUUGGGUAGUUACCUAGAAGGUUAAACUUUUUCUAUUAGUACAAUUCGGUGGCACGAUGUAGAGAAGAACUACAUCACAGUGCCUUAUAGUAAGACAAAUAAUAACUAUGGAAAAAAUGUUCAUUAUAUCUAUUUAAACAUAGUGCAAAGAGGUCUUAUCAUAACUACUAGGCAUGAUCCAAUAAGCAGUUACUAUUAUUAUGAAACAAAAUUAUGUUGUUUUCUUCAUUUCUUAUCUAACCGAAAUUGUAAUCACAAAUUUCUCACAAAACAAUUUGAAUUUAAAACUUUAUUACUAUGUUUUUUUAAUGUAAUUACUGUGAAAAGCUAUUAAUAUUAAACAAUACAUCAAAAAUCUAUUUAAGAAAAUUCAAUGGUUUUCAUGUGCGAUUUCAAUAUAUUUUACAGGUAUGUAAUGAUACACUGUUAUUCAAUCCAAAUAAAUGGUGAAAAUAAAUUAGUUACUAUUAUCGUGAACCCUUAUGGAGAUGAAUGGUUUAUUUUUUUUUUUAAUUUAAUUAAAAUCAAUUUAAUUACCAUGGACGAAACAAUAACAAUUUAUUUUAAAACUAUACACCAUAAAUUUGUUUUAAUUUUGUUGUGUAUAUCUAACUGUUUGAACAGCUAAAUUGUUACUCAUUAUGUAGUUGGUUUUGUAUAAUAUUAUGUAUUUUGAGUUCAAUAUUGAUAUAAAUUAGUCUUUACUUAAAAAAUAAACUACAAGAUGAAAGUUGUUGUGUAUUACAUAGUUUUAUAUUAUUUGACGACUACGGUGAAAGUCAAUUUGGUAAUAAAAUAUUGCAAUACUUCAAUUUAAUUUGAGUGCUUUAUAUGUUUAGGUAUUGUUCAUUGGUACACUUGUAAUAACUCAUAAACUACAUGACUGAAGAUUUAAAUAUUACUAUAAGGCCUUCAUCUGGCCUAAACAAAAGUUCUGAAGAAAUAGUCAAAUUUUAUAAUAAUUUUGACGGAUGGCAAGAGUAAUAGUGACAAUUAUUUAUUAAUUAAUUACAUUUUUAAAAUUUUUUUUUUUUCAUAUAGAACAUUGCCCAAAACUGAUAAUACCUAUUCACCGGUAUCCAAAUACUAUAAGUAUGAAGUAUCUCCUGGCAUACCUUUUAUACCAAAUAUGUCCAGAUUACCCCUCAAAUCUUAUGAGAAAACUCCUAUGAAGCAUGAUUCUUCUUGGAGUUUGAAAAGUCAAUCAGAUAAUAUCUUUACCUCUAGUCAUAUUAGUUUGUAUUCAUUAUUUACACUAUUAAAUAUCAAAAUUCAAAUAAAUUUAAAAAUAUUUUUUAUUUUUGCAGAAAAGCAUUUAUUUACUUCUACAACAAUUAAAAAUUAUAGUGUAAGAAAUCACAACGAAACUGAAGAAUCAUUAAGUUAUACUCAAAGCAAGACUUCAAAAAUUAUAAAACACGUGUACCAGUCAAUUACAAUAUUUAUUGAAUAUAUAACUUUUUAUUUUAUUUCUAUUUUUACUUUAACAAAAGUACACAAGUCAAUAAUGGGUAAGUUAUAAAAAUUAUUGAAUUAAUUUAUAUUUAUUAGUUUAUAGAUUAUGUAUUUGUAGUAUGUAGGUGAUUAGUGAAUUUGUUUUUCAAAAUUAACAAGUACCCAUAAAUAAUUUUGGUUAACAAUACUUUUAUUUAAAAUAAAUAUAUAUGUAUAUCUAAUAUCACGAAUAGAAAUCUGGUUAAUGAAUGGAAACUAUUUUUUUUUCACUUAGUAAAUUAUUUAAAAAAAAUUUUAUAUGAAUACUAAAUUUUGAUAUUGUAUAUUUUUUUAAUCAAAUUCUAAAACAAAAUUUUUAAUCUUUAACAAAGAUAUAUUUGUGAACAAUUUGGAAUAUGUUAUUAUUCUAAUUAAGGUAGGUAGGUAAUAUUUUUGUUUCAUUUGUUGUGUUUUUGAUUUUAUUUCUGUAUUCAGUGAUGAAUUUAGAGUGAUCUGGGCAUCAAGACCAAUCCUUCCAUCCACCAAUAUAAUUUCCAUAAAAUAUUGAAAAUACACUACUAUCUAUACCUGUAUUUUUGAAAAAUAUUAUCAAUACCUAUUCUAGUGUACAUGACUUCAGUAUAUAUAUUGUAUGAUUUUGUGAUUGCAAUCUGUAUAGUAUAGCCAAGUAAAAAAAGUGUAACAAUGUAUAGACAAUUGUGUUUAUAAAAUAGAAUUUGGCGCAAAAACUACAUUUUAAAAAUAAUUUGUAUAUUAUGAAAACAAGUUAAAAAAAUAACCACACACUUGUAUGAACAUCAAAAGAAUUAUACAAGAGAUUAUAAAUGUUAAAAUACAUAUUUAAGAAACUUAAUAUUAUACAGUGUAUUUAUAAGAAUAAAAAAGUAUCUUAUGAUAAUGGGUACGGAUGCAGCCACUGUUGUAGGUGGGAAGUUGGAAAGGUAGGAUAUUGAUUGGAGUUUACUGUAUAUUUGUAUGCGAUGUUUAAUCAUUGUUAACGAAAAAAAGGAUUCUGAUCAGAGUUUGAUUGUUACUUUAUCAACAAUAUAUAUGUCGUAUUAUGGUAAAUUAAUUACAUAUGUACUAAACAUUUUCUUUAAUAAUAUUUGUUUGAUACUGUACCUAUUCUCCCAUGUAUUGGGUAAACUGUGAAAAUCAAAAAAUAACCUUCCUUAAGUACUAUCCCAAUUAGAUUUCCUUUCAAAAAAAGUGCUAUCAUAGUAAAUCGGAGCAAAAUUGCUGUUAGAAAAGUUGUCCUCAGAAAAAAUAAAAUAAAAAAAACAUCAUUCAAAAACUAAUACAUUCCUUGCAACAUUCAGAAUCUAAAAGAAAAGACGUGAUUACUAUUUACUACAGAAAUAUAAUGAUGUGUUGUCAGUAGCAAAGAAGAAAUAUCCGAUUUAAAAAAAAACAACAAGAAAAAGAUACCAAGUAAUCAUGAAUCUUAUAGGAACUUAUAAUUUGGAUCAAGAAAUUCACAACUGACCACAACAAAUCGUAGUACAGUUGAUCGAGUAAAAACUACUAAAGUAACAACAUUUCAUAAAAUAGUUGCUGCUUUAUCGGGGGCAAGGAUAUUUGAGUUAUUCAUGUAAAAAAAAAUGUGAUUUAAGCUGUUAUGCAUAUUUCAAUGGUAAAAUUAAAUGUUAUAUUCGUCACAGUUAAAAUAAUUGUUUAAACAAAUAAAUUAUUACUAUUAUAUAUUACCUAUCUAUCUACCUUUGUUGUUAUUAUAACAUAUUCCAAAAUUGUUAAAAAUAAUAUCUAUAAUAGACUAAAUAUUUAUUUAAUCAAAAAGAAGGUUAUUAAUUUGAAAAGAAAUGCUCAAUAUCAGAUUUUAGUAUCUAUCUUGUAAAAGAUAUCCACUUGAUGAAAUUUUGAAUUAUAUCACUAAGAUAUGAUCUCAAUUGCAUGUACUGUAUAACUUUUCAUAAAAUGCACAAUUCCAUUAAGUGGUUACAACAUAUGUAUAUAUAUAUAUAUAUAUAUUUAUUUAUUUAUUUAUUUAUAUUGUUUUAAUAAUAAUGUAACAGUUUUAUGAUUUUUACAAUCAAUUGGUUAUUAAUAAUACAUUGUACAUAAUGUGUAGGUAAUGCAAUUUUCAAGUGUUUGUUUAACAGUUAAAUAAAGUUCUGUUGUAUGCUAAACAUUUUAAUUUUUGAUAAACAAAUUAGUACUUAAAUAUUGUUUGGGCUAAAUAAGGAAAAUUAAUUUUUCAACUAAAUAACAUUUUUCUAAAAAAUAAUUUACUUCAAACAAAUCUUAACUACCUCUAACUAAUGAUUAGGUCUAUGUAAUUAAUUAAAAUAUCAAAACCAUAAUUUUAAGUAAGAGUAGCAAAAAACAAUUUUGUUUUCUUAGUAAACCAUUCUCAAUUGAUUUUCAAUUGAAUCAAAUUUAUUUAUUUAUUGUUGAUAUAUUUAAGAAUAUGUACCUAUUUUUAUUUUUAAACACAAUUUUACACAAAUAUCCACAGUAUACCAUAACUAUGAAUACAAAUUAAACCCAUAUACUUAUAUCUAUAUAUAUUUUAUUUUUAAAUAUAAUUAUAGAAAUUGGAUUAAACAUAAUUAAUACCACUAUUCAAAAAAUAACCGAUUUGGUGCAUUUGGCUUCUAUUAGUAUGGUUCAUUAUGAUUUGAUAAUCAUGACAACUAUAAGAAAUAUUAUUGAUCGUCUUUUUGGGCAUAUUCGAGUAAAAUAUUUACUGAUGUCUCUAUUAUUUGUGUCACUGAUAUUAUUUUUAAUUUGUAAGUAUAAUAAACUAUUAAAAUAGUUCAUGAUUUAUUAAAAUUGUAAAACAUUAUUAAUGUUUUGUAUUUUAUAGACGAGUUCUUUGAGUACACUACACCUCUAAAUUUGCCUCUAGGGUGGCAAGGUUCUUGGACAAAUUUUCUUAUAUCGCCAUUUAUUAGUAUACUUAAUUUGAUAACAUCAAUUUAUCAAAUCAUUUGGUCUACCUUGUAUUUUGUAUUUGAUUUAAUAGCUGUGGCAAUCACUUCAUCAAUAAUUGCUAUACAAUUAUUUUUAAAUGUAAGUAUUAGCCUUUUUAAUGUUACAUAAUUAUUUUUUUAUAUAACUAUGCUGAAUAAAAAAAAAAUUAUUUUAUUCGAAACUUAAAAUAAAUAUUUACAAAUGAAAAUUAUUAAUUUAUUAAUAUACUACAAAAUAAAUACUCAUAAAAUAAAAUAUCAUUUUUAAAUUUGUAACACUGAUUUAAAACAGAAGUUUCCAAAAUAUACUUAUUUAUUUUAUACUAUUAAAAGCAUAUAGGUGACAUUAACAAAGAAGACUACUUGUCUCUAGCGCAUAUACUUAUCAUCAGCAUAUAAAUAGUUCUAAGGACAUGAAUCUCCCAUAUUUAAAGAAUUAUGUAAUGGCAAUUUCCUCAAAAUUAAUAAAAGAACAUUAACUUUAAAAAUGUUAAUAUUGUAAAUUAUUUGUUGGAUAUUGGAUAUAUUCUUGUAAAUUAAAAGAAUUGAGGAUUUAAAGUUUGUAAUUUAAGUUUUUUUUUUUUUUUUAGGCACUUCGCAAUUUUGACUCUGCGUUGGGAUCUUCAACUCAUGUUAGUACUAUUCCAAUGAAUCAAAAUACAAGAUUUUUACCUUUUGAUUAUAAUUUGUUGGCAAGCAAAGUUAUUGCUUCAGAAGAAUUCCAGCGAAUACUCAUGAAUCAGUUAAAUAUUUCACAAACAGAUUUAGUAAAAUUACAUGAUCAAGAAUUUCAGCAAUUAUUAAAACACCACUUACAAGAAAUGAACUCAAAUAGCUUAAAUUGGCUUAAUGUAAAUUAAUUAUAUUUAUUUAAAAAUAUUUAAAUAUGUAUUAGUUUUUAAUUUUUAGUAACUCAGAGGUUUAAAAAUUAUUCAAAAUUUGAACUACAUUUAAAAUUUAUAAAAUGUAUUUAAUCUUAAUAGGAUAAUCUUAAAGAUGAAAAAUUUACACUGAAAAAUGUUGAUAAUGACGAAAAGACUGUUCAAGAAAAAGAAACCAUUAAAUUAAUGGAGAAAAAAAUUUCAGAUUUGCAAAAUAUUGUUUCAAAUUUAAUUAAUAGCUUUGAAACCUAUAAAUCCGAAUCAAGUGGGUUAUUUUUAAAUAUUUUAUUUAUAGAUGUAUUUAAAAUUUAUUAUUUUUUCAAUCAGCAAAUUUAAAAACAAAUACUGAAUCAGCCUUAAAAGAAGUGUGUUUUAAAAAUGAUUGGCAUUCAAUUGUUAAUUAUAUUGAGCAGUAUGUUAAUACAACUGUUAAAUCAAAAUUGAAUAUUUAUGAUGCCGAUAAAACUGGAAUGGUUGACUAUGCUUUAGAAUCUGCUGGUAAUAUAUUAAAAUAUUUUAUCUUAUACUUGAAUUACUUAAACUAUUACUAUGAUUAAUAAUCAUUCAAUUUACAAUGAUUUUAAGGUGGUACAGUGCUUGGGACUCGUUGUACUCAAACUAAGCCCUCGACGGCAGCCUUAACUAUGUUUGGGAUGCCUUUGUGGUUUUUAUCGAAUGGUCCUAGAUUAGCCAUACAGGUAUUUGCUGUUAAUAAAGUAUUUUGCAUAAUUUUAAUGUGAUUCUGUCUAAAAUAAUAAACUACUUGUGUUAAUAAUAUUUAAUUUAAUAUUUUUCCAACUCUUUAUAAUAAUUACAGUAUUUAAUGCCAAAUUCAAUAGAUACCAUUUUAUUGCUAUAGGUCAUGAAUACCAUUUAAUAGAUAUUGUGAUAUUAUGUUAUUUCUGAAAAAUAUAAACUGUAUAGUAUUAAUAUAAUAUUAUAGUUUUUUAAAAAUUCUAAGAGUUGUAGUUUUAAAAUUAAGUAAAAUUGUCAAAAAAAUUAAUAUACAGAGAUAUAUUUAAAAUUGUAUGAAAUAAAACAGUUUUAAUUAAUAUUUUUUCAAAUUUAACAUUAAUUUUUCAUAUUAACUUGCGAUUUAAAAACAUUAACUGCCUUCUGUUAAUUUAUUUUAGCCUGGUGUUAACCCCGGACAAUGUUGGGCAUUCAUUGGCGCUAAAGGAUUUUUAGUAUUGAAACUAUCUAAAACCAUACACGUAACCGGUUUUACAAUAGAACAUUUACCAAAAUUGCUUUCAGAAAACGGCAAUAUUAGAUCUGCUCCGAAAGAUUUUAGUAUUUGGGUCAGUAUUUUAAACAUUUAUAGUUUAGUAAACUAAAUAUUUACAUUAUUUAAUUAUUUUUAGGGACUAAAGCAUGAAACAGACCCUGAUGGUAAAUUAUUGGGUAAAUAUCAGUUUCAAACAGAUGGACCAAGCUUACAGUAUUUUCCUACCAUGGUAAACACAAAUCUUUUUAAUUUAAUUGUAUCAAAAAUUUAAAAAAAAAUUUUCUUUUCUUUCCAGGAAACCAACAAUAUAUUUUCAGUUGUAGAAUUGCGAAUUGAAUCCAACCACGGACAUGAAGAGUAUACAUGUUUGUAUCGGUUUAGGGUUCAUGGAGAUCUGGCUUAAUGGUACUUAAUAAACAAUUUUUUUUUCUUUUAAGUACAAAAGAACAUAAAAUGCUUUACACUUAAAUGGUUACCAUUAAAAUUUAUAUAUAUAUAUAUAAAAAAAAUAAAAUAUUUCUUGUAUUUUUUUAUCACCAAAGAUUAAAACUAUUUAAAUUUUAUUGCUAUUACCAUUAUUACAGAAUACAAAUACGAGUUUUCAUAAAUAUUAUACAAUUUGAAUUUAUUUACAUUUUAUUAUUUUAUCAUAAGUUUAAUUUUUUUUAUUUACCUAUAAUUUGAGUUUGGCUUGCACAAAUAAAUGACAGCAAUUUUAUAUUUUUACAUUAAAUUAAAUGAAAAAAAAAAAAAACUUAAAUUAGAAUUUGUGUGUAUUUUUAAUGUGUGGAAUGUAAAACACUGUUGUGCUUUUUAAUAUUUUAAUAUAAGUUUUUGUUUACUGUACAAAAAAAAAAAAAAAAAAAAAAAAAAAAUACUGUUAAUAUUUAUUGAAUUUUUAAAAUAUAUUUAGUGUGAGUUUGUUUGCAUGUUAAAUAAUCAAAAAUUAUUGUUUUAAAAUUCGUCAAAUACCAGUUUGAAUAUAUAUCAUUUAAAUCUAUACAUUUAAUAACACAAUUGAAAUGAAUAGAUUUUCUCAAAUUCACUUCCUAUAUGUAAUUAACCAUUUAAUUGAUUCAUAAUAGAACAAGUUUGUAUUUGCCAGAUCUCUGUUGCAUAUUGUGUGCACACAGAGUAAAAAUUUCCAAUUGAUCAAUUGAUUGAUUGUGAACCUAAAUUUAAUCUAAAAACCUAAAAAUAAAUCAAUUAAAAAAUUUAAAAUAUUAUAUUUUGAUUCAUAUUCUACUUAUGGCUUUAUUAUUUGAUACUCUUUUUAAGUAAAUUGUUAAUAAUCAGUAUAGAACAGAAUUAUUUAAAUGUAUUGUUGAUGUACAUAAUGUUUAAAAAAAAAAAAAAAACAAUAAUAACAAUGUUCUGUAAAUUUAUCUUUGUAUUAUUUAUUGCCAAUUUGAUACAAUUUAGACACACCGUUUCUUUAAAAAGAUAAAUAAAUACAUUAAAUGUUAAUUUUAAUGCC